AUUCGAUCAGUGGCAAUGGUUUCAGAACAAAGCUUCUUCACUUUGUUAAACAUUUCAGCUUCUUGAAGAGCUUGUAAAUUGUAAUACAUCUUCAUUUAACCUGUUACUUGUCACCCAAGCAAAUGACCCUAAAUUGUUAAGCUUACAUCGACGCUUCAAGGACUAGAAUUCAAAGCGGUCUAAAUUUAAAAAAUUACAUAUAAAACCCGUAUCUUUUAAAAAAUUUCCAACUUUUUUUCUCGCCAAGCAAACACGUACAACUUUUCCCAAAAAAUUGCAAGAAUGCCCAGCAAGGUUUUCCCUGAAAUAAUAGGAAAUCACUCGUGCCCAGCACUGAAUUGUGUAUAUACGCCUAUAUAUUGUGGGUGUAUAAAUAAAAAUUACUUCUUUUGGGUGAUGAAGAAUGAAUGCUCCGGCUUCAUUGGUCGAUAAGUGAUCAUCAAAUUUUUGGGGGAAAUAGAAAAUUAAAACGAGUGUCGGAGCAGAGUUUAGAGAGACAUGGAUAUGGCAGUUGAAGAAAAAGUCAAACUUAGAAAGACACAGAGAGUGAAACGCGGAACAAGAAAGAAAGAAGGAAAGAAAGAAAGAAGAAGAAGCUCAUUGGCAAACGCAAUUAUGCAUUUCGAAAAGCUUGAUGAUUCUCCUAUGUUCCGUCAACAGAUACAGUGCUUGGAAGAAAGUUCAGAGUCACUAAGGGGAAGAUGUCACAAGUUUUACAAAGGAUGUCGCAAGUAUACAGAAGGCCUUGAAGACGGUUAUGAUGGCGACAUUGCUUUUGCAAGUGCGCUUGAAACUUUUGGAGGAGAGACUAAUGACCCUGAUUUUAUGGCUUUAGGAGGCCCAGUUUUGAGCAGAUUCGCAAGUGCCUUGAAAGAGAUUGGAGUUUACAAGGAAGUUCUUCAAUCCCAGGUAGAGCAUGUGCUAAAUGACAGGCUCCUACAGUUCGUGAAUGUUUACCUCCAUGAUGUAAAGGAAGCCCGAAAGCGCUUUGAGAAGGCUUCAGUUACACAUGAUCAGGCACGUGAGAAGUUUCUUUCAGUGAAGAAGAGCACCAAGACCGACGUUGCUGCUGUUAUUGAGCAGGAACUGAAUAAUGCAAGGUCUUCAUUUGAUGAAGCUCGUUUUAAUCUGGUUGGUGCUCUCUCUGACAUUGAGGCCAAGAAGAGAUUCGAAUUUUUGGAGGCUGUCAGUGGAAUGAUGGACGCUCAUCUUCGUUACUUCAAACAGGGCUAUGAGCUAUUACAUGAAAUGGAGCCUUACAUUAAUCAGAUUUUGACUUAUGCUCAACAGUCGAGAGAAAUUUCCAACCAUGAGCAGGUAUCUCUCAUUGAAAGGAUGCUAGAGAACAAAAAGCAGUUUGAUCUUGAAACUAGAGAAUCAUUAAAUGGCUCUCAUAAUUCUACAAAUGGAGACAGUAUGCAGCCUUUUGCUUGGCGAUCACACAAAGAGAUAGAGGCAGUGAUGCAAUCUGCUGCAAAGGGAAAGGUACAAACAAUUCGACAAGGAUAUCUUUCAAAACGGUCCUCCAAUUUGAGGGGUGAUUGGAAAAGAAGAUUUUUUGUUCUUGAUAGUAGAGGGAUGUUGUUCUACUAUCGAAAACAAUGGGGCUGGCCAUCUGGAAGUCAGUCUACACCACAGAGAAAAGGCUCCUUCGAAAAUGGUCAUGGGCUUUUGAGUAGGUUGCUUUCAUCUCACCAUCACGGUGGUGUGCAUGAUGAAAGAUCUGCCCAUCACACAGUAAACCUGCUGACAUCAACAAUAAAGAUUGAUGCAGAUCAAACAGAUUUAAGGUUCUGCUUCAGGAUUAUUUCACCCUCCAAAACCUACACGCUCCAGGCAGAAAAUGCCAUUGACCGGAUGGAUUGGGUAGAAAAAAUAACUGGAGUAAUUGCUUCAUUGUUGAGCUUCCAAGGAGGACCUGAGAGGAAUCUCUCUGAAAGCCCCACAGGAAGUGAUGAAUUUUACUCUGCUAGUGAUAGUAGUUCAUUCAGAAGUUCUCCUGACGUUGAUCACAAAGCUGCUGAAGAUCAUUCUUCAAAGAUGUAUAACACAAGCAAUCACUCAGGUGUCUCUAGAAUUUUCCAAUCAUACAAGGAUGGUUGGAAAAAUGAGAAGCCACUUGACAUACUAAAAAGAGUCAGUGGGAAUGAAAACUGUGCUGAUUGUGGUGCACCUGAACCAGAUUGGGCAUCCUUAAACCUCGGAAUUCUUAUUUGCAUUGAAUGCUCCGGUGUUCAUCGCAACCUUGGUGUUCAUAUAUCAAAAGUUAGAUCACUAACUCUUGAUGUGAAAGCCUGGCACAAUGCUGUCUUAACUUUAUUUGAAUCACUCGGCAAUAUAUAUACGAAUUCAAUUUGGGAGGAGCUGUUGUAUUCGAAAAGUAGAUAUCAGGCUGAUGGCAUACUUUCUGGCCCCUCCAAAUCUGAUAGAAACAAGCCAUUUUUCAUGAGAAAGCCAUGUCAUGACGAUCCCAUUUCGUCAAAGGAGAGAUUCAUUCAUGCUAAGUACUCAGAAAAAGCUUUUGUUCGCCAAGCCAAAGAUAAUAAAAAUAAUUAUCCAGCGGAGCAACAGGUGUGGAAAGGUGUCUGUGUUAAUGACAAGAAAGCUGUUUACCGAUAUAUUGUUUGCAGUGACGUAGAUGUGAAUAAUACAACCGGUGGACAAGCACUAAAAUAUAAUUCUUGGGAAAAGUCUUCCACAACUAAUUUGAAUCCAUUGGAUAAAAAUGAAAAACUUAUAGAGGACAUCCCCGAAGGCUGUUCUUUACUUCACCUGGCCUGCAUAACUGCUGACAUUGGCAUGGUAGAACUACUCUUACAAUACGGUGCAAACAUAAACGUAACUGAUACAAGAGGUCAGACCCCACUUCAUUAUUGCAUUAUCAGGAGAAAAUCUGCAAUUGCGAAAUUUCUUAUUACAAGGGGAGCUAAUAGGAAAGUCAUUGACAGAGAAGGUAAUACUCCUCUUAAGCUCUUCAAAAAAUCAAACUUCAAUGACAACGAGCUACUUGCUCUUUUAGCAGAAAUAGACAGAUGACAACGUGAUGAUGAAAGGUAAAUAAAAAAGAAUGUAUUCAAAGAUGGGAUGAUAACAUGUAAAUAUAACACCAUUCAUGAAAACUGGUUUACCAGCUUCUUCAACCUUAGCAGUAGGAGACUUGGAGAGUUCGCUUGCUCGGUCAUGAGCUUCUUUAGGUCCGCGCAAGUUUACACCAUUUUAGUCCUUUGGACUAUGGGGAGGGAUACUAGUAGGCAUUGUUGUUAGGCCUGUACGAUAAUAGGUGAUGUGUAUUCAUCAAUGUACUUUUUCCCUCUUGAAAGAUAAUUCCUCAUUCUAUGUUAAGGAGCUUUAGUAAGUCUGGCAAAGAUACUUCUCAAGUGUGCAUAUUCACCAAUAUAAGAAAAAAAAAAUUCCCUUCAAUUAUUGGCAACUCAGAGGCUUGAAUUUUGACUUGAAAAAAAUACAAGGGCAUCAGGCUGAAAUGCUACAGUGUAUUGGUUUUGCUUCUUUCAUCUUAAUUUUUUCCCCUUUUCUUCUCCAAUAAAACCACAUUAUAUGAGUUGGUUUCUGUGAAGAAGAAGAAAAAUGGCUAUGAUCAUGUUCAAGUUGUUUGUAACAUCUCCAUCUCCAUAUAUAGUAUACUGAGAUGAUAUAUUCCUUCGUAGAUUUUGCUUUCAGCUCCUAACAAGUAUUUUUCUUAUUUUCUGGGACUAAAGAAGCAACUUCAGAAAGAAGUUUAUAGCCACACAUAACUAGAUUGUGCAUGAACAUUAUCAAUUGGAGACUGCUCAACCUGACUGACCA